UUGUUUUCGUGUAUUCGUGGUGGUCUUGAUGGUUUUUUGCCAUAAGUGAAGUGCGUUUAAUGUUCCAUUGUUAUCUUAGUAAACGUCAUUUGUGUCAUCGAUUAAAAAUGCUAAACCUUUGUUUAUAUUUAAUCGCGAAUAGUAAUAAUUAUUCGAGGUUUAACUGAUAUUACGUUUAAUAUGUUUCGCGUUAGUGUUAGUUAAUUCGUAAGAACAAUGCGUGAAUUUAAAGUGGUCGUUUUGGGUUCGGGCGGGGUUGGUAAAAGUGCUCUCACGGUACAAUUUGUUUCCGGGUGUUUUAUGGAAAAAUAUGAUCCUACGAUAGAAGAUUUUUACCGCAAAGAAAUCGAAGUGGAUAAUUCACCUUGCGUACUCGAGAUACUCGACACAGCCGGAACGGAGCAGUUCGCAAGUAUGCGAGAUUUGUAUAUAAAAAAUGGACAAGGAUUUGUCGUUGUUUAUAGUCUGACUAAUCAUCAAACGUUUCAAGAUAUAAAACCGAUGAAAGAAUUAAUAACCCGAGUCAAAGGCUCGGAAAGAGUACCUAUAUUACUUGUAGCAAAUAAAGCUGAUCUGGAGCAUCAAAGAGAAGUGCCAACCAUCGAAGGCAACACAUUAGCUCAAAUUUGGGGUUGCCCGUUUAUCGAAGCCAGUGCCAAAAGUAAAACCAACGUGAACGAAGUAUUUGCCGAAAUUGUACGCGAAAUGAACUACAGCAAUGAUAAGGAGAAAAAAAGUUACUGUUGUUGUGCCGUUUUAUAGUGCAAUUUUUCGCUGCAAAUGUACAUCUCUCAAGCUUUCACAUUUAUAUUCAUCAGGGUUACAGAUUUCAUUAUUAUUUUUUUUGGGUGAGUGUAAUUUUUUGACAUGAUAAUGAGAAAAAGUGGUAAUACUCAAAUGACUUUUCAUUGUGAUACGAAUGAAAAUUGGUCCACUUUGCCGAUUGCAUAUCAACUUCGCAGUGAGCUCAUUUUUUUUUCAAUAUGUUUUUAUUUUGUAUACCACGAAAGAGUAUCUACCUUUUACAGUUGAAUUUAACCAUUAUUAAUUAUUCCGAGAAUUUAGACAAAUGAAAAAAAAAGUAUAUCGAUAGAAAAUCAAAAUGACGUCAUAGCAUUGUAAAAAUACGCGUUUCGUGUCAUUUAAAUGUAUUUUCCUCUUUUAAAAAAAUAUUUGUAAUUUUUUAAUUUUACGUUUAUAUGUAUUUUUUUUUCUUUUUUUGUGUGUGUGCCUGAAUUUUUAUUUAUUUAUUAUUUUUUUUUUUAGUCAUAGUAUAAUAUACAUCGUGAUAUGAAAAAUACAUUAUCAAUUUUUUUGUAUAUAAAAUUUAUAAUUACAUAUUGAAGUUUACUACCCUGCUCCCCAUCCCCCUUUACCACUGUUUUAUCUGUUAUCCGACCCUUAAUGGCAAUAUACGCGAAGACGUUGACAAGAAAUUAAGAUUUUGAAGACAAAUGGAUGGGAAUAUCGCGCAAAAUGAUUUUUUUUUUCAACGAGUGUGCUAUGAAUUAAGUGAGCAUUAAUAAUAAUAAUUAUAUAUAAAUUUGGUAUAUUUUUAUUUAUUUUUGUACGAAGAUAUUUUUUGAUACGAUCAAGUUUUCUUCCAGUUGCUGAAAAUUUUUUGUUGAAAAAAUUUUUCGCCUAAAGAAAAAUAUGACGUUUUAGGAAAGCAAAGUAAAAACCGAAACCGUCUAUUGUGUAUAUUUUAUUACGUACACUGUUUUAUACUUUUUAUAUAAGUUACCAGAAUAUUUUUUUUCGAAAAAAUAAAUUUUAAUAAAGGAAGAAAAAAUAAUGUAAUGAAAAUCGCAUAGGUAAAAAACGAGACAUACGAGAGAAAGCUUUAGAUAAUAUAACUAUCGAUAAUAAAGACGGGUUAGGCAAAUUUCCUUCAAUUUCGUCCCCUUUUUAAAACAAUAGUUCCUCGAGCGUGUGUAUAAAAUAACUUUUUCCCCCCUGCGCAAUAAGUAGAUUGCACAAAAAUGAGGUAAAGGCUGAAAAGGAGAUUGAAAAUGUCUCAUUCCAGAAUUUUUAAUUCCAUAUUGCUCAUACGUGAAUGAUUUUUUCGAGGGAUUGGUAUUUACGAAUUUUUCGGUGGAUUUCGAGUUACUCAUUGUAUUAAUUUUGUAUCGAUGAUUUUAGUUUUUUUUUUUCAAUUUUUUAGGCGCGUUAUAAAUUUAGUAAUAAUAAAUCGCUUUUGAUGUUUAUGAUUAUGUUUUUUUUUUCUCGCUAUUGUAAAAAGAGUUGUGACUUGGAUCAAUUAUUGUCAAGUUUUUUACUUUAAUGGCCAUUUUUUUUACAUUUUUUUUGUGUAUUUUUGUAUUUGCUAGAUCAAUAUUGAUCAAAGUAUAGUCAUAGUGUAAAGUUUUAAGAAGGAACAUCGAUGUAAUGUGUAUGUUUUAAGAUUAACAUGUCGACUCGAGGUUUUUUUUUCUACGUAGAGUUUGGCCAUUGGCGAAAGCUUAGAGUUGAGUGAUGUUUUUUGUGUCGAAAAAACGAACGAAAUUUUUUUCUAUCAAAAUCAAGCUUUUUAUAAAUGUUUCUUGAAUUAAGGGUUUUUUUGUGUGUAACAUGAUUUUUUUUGAUUUUUUGGUUUUUAAAUGUUUUUUGCCAUUUUACCAAUAGCUCGUGGGAAUGUGUUAGAAAGUCGACCUUUUAUUAACGCAUUUUUUUGUAACAUCCAACUAAUAGGUAUUGAAAUAGUUACGUGUAUUUUUUCUUUUCUUUUUUUUUUAUUACUUUUUUUUAACUUUUUUUUUUCAUUUUAUUAAACUGUGUUAUAUGUUACUGUUGCAAAUAUACUUAUCUAUUUUGUAUUUUGUAUAUUAUUAUACGUGAAUAAAUAAUUUGGAAUAAUGA